AUGUCCUUAGAAUGUUACAUUAAAGAUGCACUUCCGUUCGGUCAUGAGUUCGAAAUCAUUAAUCUCCAGUCAAUUCCACGAGAAACCUCGCCAAUAACUUUUCCAAAACGCGAAGCUGAAGACGUUAAUGGAAAAACGGUGAAGACCAUCAAGACACAACAUUUCGUCGCAUUAUGCUUUGAAGAGAAGGUUGUUUUUGCUCUUGAAAUUGUUGUUUAUUUCAGUUUGAAUUCUGCCAAUAAUGGUCCCGUAGAAAGGCUCUUGUUCGUCUCCAAAGCAGAUACAAACGGAUAUUGCGAUCUAAGACUUGACAUUGGUCAGAUAACUAAGUCAAUAAUUGCAUAUAUUCUGGCAAUUAGUCCAGGACAUUAUUUGCGGGCGGUAAAACCGCUGAUAAGGAAAGCACUGAGCGGUGCAAAGAUUAUAAAGAGAAGUACAUCAGUACAGAGAGCGUUAGAAAUAUUAUCCAACAGACCGUUGGAUUCGAAGGGGAUAACUUCAAGGGUUAAAAUCCCAGACCAAGAUUUAUACGUUUCAUUCCCGGUUCCGACGGAAAUUGUCACAAAGGUAAGUCUUUUUACCAGGGCAGAGCCGCAGUAUUUGUUUUCAAACUCAUCUAAAAACCCAAGGAAACACGUCCUAAGUGGUGACAAAUUGCUCAAAUGGUGGUUAAAGAUUGUAGACCAAAUAGUUGUCGAAGAUUUCGAUAAUAAAACAAAGGCAACCUUACAAAUACCGGGAGAAGAGAAAAGAGUAAUUUCCAACUAUUUGAGAAACACAGCAUAUCAAAAUUGGACCGUAGGAGACAUUUUCUCUGAAAGUCCGCAAGACAUUGCAUUAUACAGGAUACCAUUAUUCCCUGAUGACCCCAAGGGCAGAUUCCUUGACCAUCUGAUCAGUGAUGGACGAAUUUCUAAAGUCAAUGUGUUAACAUUCUGGACAGAAUUGCAAGCAAGGCAAGAGUUCAGACUGGGAUCAACUGUGUCUGUCAUUGGAGUGUCAGGAAAAUACAUCGGCCGUUGCAAUGAACCAGAACGGACUGAUAUAAUUAUACCAACCUCGAAGAAGAACUUUAAAAAUCUGAAGAACUACAUAACUGGAGAAGAAUAUGACACUGAAGAAGGUGCUGAAGAAGCAUACAUGAACAUUCGAGAUAUUUUUGACAUGCAUUACUCCACGAAGAUGAUAAAAGUUAUUGGAAACCACCACAAGAUCGCUACUACAAAACGGCCUGAAAUAAACACUAUUAACGUAAUAAACACUCUAAGUGUCCAUAGGAAACCUAAAUCGUAG